AGCGUCGGCUCAGCUGUCGCUCUUGCUUGUUUCUCCGUCAUGGACAAGGUGGCGCCUGUGGUUGGCGGCCUUGCCGGCCUUUGGGCAGCCUACAAUAUUGUGCCAGUGCUGUACCGAUGGGAACUCAUCCCGGGAGUUGCAUCAGAGGAAUGGUGGGCAAGGGCAAAGACAAUUCGCUAUGACCACUAUUCUGAGGGCAUCGUGUACUCGCCUUACGACACGGGUGAUCCGAUCCGCGAGAUGCCGGAGCAAUGCAAAGGCAAGAUGCUGCUACGACAGAAACGUGGCGGGUGGAAGCUUCAGAGUGAGAUGGAGGAGUAGAUGCAGCUCCUGGCAAUUUGCGUUUGAGAGUG